AUGGACUUCUCCGCCGGCGGGAGCGGGAGCGGCGGCGGCGGCGGCGGCGGAGGCGGAGGCCCCGGCGACGUCCGGGCGCAGGCGGAGCGCUGGCUGGAGACCGCCGAGAAGCUCCUCGCGGCGCGCGACCUCGUCGGCUGCAAGCGCUUCGCAGAGCGGGCGGUGGAGGCGGACCCGCUCCUCCCCGGCGCCGACGAGCUCCUCGCCGUCGCCGACGUCCUCCUCGCCUCCCAGUCCAUGGGCCCCUCGGGCCACCUGGACCCGCUCGCCAUCCUCCAGCUGCCGCCCGGGGCCAGCCCCGACCACGCCGCCGUCUCCCGCGCCUUCCGCCGCCUCGCGCUCCUCCUCGGGCAACGCAACCCGCACCCGGGCGCCGAGAUGGCGCUCCGCCUCGUCAACGACGCCUACGCCGUCCUCUCCGAUCCGUCCCGCCGGGCCCCGCCAUCCGCCAAUCCCGCCACUGGUACCCCUUCCUUUUCCCAGUAUGUCGCCGCGGGCGCGGCCGCGGCCGCUCCCGCCCCCGACCCGCCGGAGUUCUGGACGGCGUGCCCCUUCUGCUGCUACGUGCACCAGUACCCGCGCGACCUGAUCGGGCGCGCCCUCAGGUGCCCCAACGAGGGCUGCCGCCGCGGAUUCGUGGCUUCUGAGAUCCCGACCCCGCCCACCGUCGUGCCGGGCACUGAAAUGUACCACUGCGCCUGGGGCUUCUUCCCCCUUGGAUUUCCCAACGCGGCCGACCUGGGUGCAAACUGGAAGCCAUUCUACAAGGUGUUCCCCUGGAACACGGCUCCCAGUGGCCAAGGUGGUGGUGGUGGUAGGAGCCACGGGAGCCGUGGUGGUAGGCAGCCACAGAAGGACAGUGCUCGUGGUGGCUCCUCUAGAGGUAGGAUCAAGAAGACGACGGCCCGCAAGAAGGUCGGGGCAGGGCCCAGGAGACGUCUUGGUGGUGGUGUGGAGAGUGGCAUUGAUUCUGAGAUGCUCGGGCAGGAAGGCUGGGCUGGGGAUGAGGACGGCGGAGAUGGAAGGGCUGAGGAGGUGAGGGGAAUUAACAUAAAUGAGGCGGCACAGGCUACAGAUGGCAAUGCUAGGGUUAAUGUUAGCGGUGCUGGCGGAGUUGAAGAUAUGGGCAACUUCCAUAUUGAUGUUGAUGCAACAGAGGAUAUAUUGGGGAAUUUGCACAACCUGCCCUUCUUGAGGGUGGACAAUCUUGGGCGGAUGAUUUAA